AUGUCCGUUGCGACGAUGCUCCAACCUGCAUCCAGAGCAUCCAGAGCAUCUUCGUCUUCCUCGUCCUCGUUUCAGCCCAUCGCACGUCAGAACACCAUGUCGUCCCACGAUACUCGGUCGCUUCGCCAGUCGAAGCGCAUGUCGGUCACUGCGCUCUACCUGUCCAUGUCCGCAAAGGACAGGGAUUUGGAGAUUUCAGAUGACUUGGCUCGCGCGCAAAAACACCUGCGGGAAUUGAAGUCGAAGAUCUCUUCGCAAUCCAAGAAGAAUUUCGUUCUGGAGAAAGAUGUGCGAUACCUCGACUCGCGGAUAGCAUUGCUUAUCCAGAACCGCAUGGCCUUGGAAGAACAAAAUGAGGUGGCCAGCCAUCUCGACGACACAGCGGACCCCCAGGAGGGGUUCUUCCCCAAUGACGAGCGAACCCAGAAAUACGGCAACCUUCUGUUCUUGCUGCAGUCGGAACCUCGCCACAUCGCUCAUCUCUGCCGACUGGUGUCUAUGGCCGAGAUCGAUUCGCUCCUGCAGACCGUCAUGUUCACCAUCUACGGAAACCAGUACGAAAGUCGCGAAGAGCAUCUCCUGCUCACCAUGUUCCAGUCCGUCCUCACCUACCAGUUCGAUAAUACCCCCGAAUACUCGUCCCUGCUGCGCCAAAACACCCCCGUCUCUCGAAUGAUGACCACCUACACGCGCCGUGGUCCCGGCCAGAGUUACUUGAAACAGGUCUUGGCCGAUCGCAUCAACUCUUUGAUUGAAUUGCGGGACGUUGAUCUCGAGAUCAACCCCCUGAAGGUUUAUGAGAGCAUGGUGAAGCAGAUCGAGGAGGAAACUGGCUCGCUGCCGGAUUAUUUGGCCCGGUCGGUGACGGCCGAAGAUGCCGCCGACAAUGCGCAGGUGCAGGCCAUUAUCGCUCCGCGCCUCAAAAUGCUGACGGACAUUGCGAAUGGAUUCAUCACCACCAUCAUCGAUUCGGUGGAUGAGGCUCCGUACGGUAUCCGAUGGAUCUGCAAGCAGAUUCGCAGUCUGUCGCGUCGCAAGUACCCGGACGCCCAGGACCAGACCAUCUGUACCCUGAUCGGCGGGUUCUUUUUCCUGCGCUUCAUCAACCCUGCCAUUGUCACCCCGCGAUCCUACAUGCUGAUCGAUGCCACACCAACCGACAAGCCCCGCCGGACUCUGACGCUCAUUGCGAAGAUGCUGCAGAACCUGGCCAACAAGCCCUCCUACGCCAAGGAGCCUUACAUGGAGAGCCUGCAGCCAUUUAUACAGCAGAACAAAGGGCGGGUCAACAAGUUCCUGCUCGACCUGUGCGAAGUGCAGGAUUUCUAUGAGAGUCUGGAAAUGGACAACUACGUGGCUCUGUCGAAGCGCGACCUUGAGCUGCAAAUCACCCUCAAUGAGAUGUACGCCACGCACUCCCUUCUCGAGAAGCACUCCGCGGCGCUGGCCCAGGAUCAGUACUCGCACCUCUCUAUGCUGCUGCAGGAACUGGGCAGCGCCCCGCCACAGGUGCCUCGGAAAGAGAAUCGGACCAUCACGGUGCCCCUGUUCAGCCGAUGGGAGACAGCCCUGGAUGACUUGACGGCCGCGCUGGACAUCACCCAGGAGGAGGUGUUCUUCAUGGAGGCCAAGUCGACUUUCGUCCAGAUUCUCCGGUCUCUGCCCCCCAACUCCUCGGUCGCUCGUCGGCCACUGCGACUGGAUCGCAUCGCCGAAGCUGCCGCCACUCUGAAGAAUGAUGCUGUCAUGGUGCGGAAGGGCAUCCGGACGAUGGAACUGCUGAGUCAACUGCAGGACCUGGGGGUGAUUGACCGCUCCGACGAAUUUAGCCUCCUUCGGGACGAAGUGGAGCAAGAGUUGGUGCACCUCGGCUCGCUGAAGGAGAAGGUGUUGGAUGAAACGCGGAAGUUGGAGGAGGUCUUUUCCACCAUCCGUGAUCAUAACGCCUAUCUGGUGGGCCAGCUGGAAACCUACAAAUCCUAUCUUCACAAUGUUCGCAGUCAAUCCGAGGGCAAGUCGCGGAAGCAGCAAAAGCACCAGGAACUUGGCCCGUACAAGUUCACCCAUCAACAAUUGGAGAAGGAAGGCGUCAUUCGACGCAGCAACGUGCCCGAGAACCGACGGGCCAACAUCUACUUCAUGUUCAAGAGCCCGUUGCCGGGGACUUUCGUCAUCAGUCUCCAUUACAAGGGACGCGCUCGUGGAUUGUUGGAACUCGAUCUCAAGCUCGAUGAUCUCCUGGAGAUGCAGAAGGAUAACCUCGAAGACCUGGACCUGGAGUAUGUCCAGUUCAAUGUCACCAAGGUGCUGGCGCUCCUGAACAAACGAUUUGCACGAAAGAAGGGCUGGUAA